AUGCCCAAACGCAAGUGCAAAUUCACGGAACAGCUGGGAAAAGAGUACCCCUUCAUCAAGAAAACUAAGUCAGAGGCGGAUGUGCGCUGUGAUACAUGUGGACGUUCGGAUGUACUAAAACACAUCAGCUCUGUCAAGCACAAACAGUGUGUGUCGGCGGCUGCUAGUUCCAGUGCAGUAACCUGGUUCUUUAGACAGGAAUGUGCCGGGGAAAAGGAGCUCCAACUUGCUGCAUCAGAGGGUGUAUUCGCCUUCCACACAGUCGUUCACAACCAUAGUUUCCGAUCAAUAGACUGCACUUCAAAGCUUGUGCAGAAAUUGUUCAAUGAAAAAUUUUCCUGCGCUCGCACAAAGGCAGAAGUGAUUGCUUUGAAUGUGCUUGCCCCGUCUGCAGAGGAAGAAUUGAAGACAGACCUGCAGGAGGCUAAAUUUAUCUCAGUGUUCUGUGAUGCUUCCAACCACAAGGAUUUGAAGGUGCUCCCAAUAAUGGUGCGCUAUUUCACCGCUGCUGCAGGAGUGCAGACGAAGCUCCUUGAGAUUAACACCUUGCCAGGUGAGACUUCAGCAAUGGUGAGCCAGUACAUAAUGGACGCACUCGAAGCCAACCAAGUCACAUCAAAGCUAGUUGCUUUCAGUGCCAAUAACGCAAAUUGCAACUUUGGUGGUGCUGCGCGAAACGGGAAGAACAAUGUGUUCUCGAGAUUGCAAGAUUCUAUGGAUCACAAGAUCCUUGGAAUUGGCUGCGCUGCGUCCAUAGUGCACAACACCGUUCAGACUGCUGCCGAUUGCCUACCAUUGGAUAUUGAGGCCGUGAUUGUGAAAAUCUACUCGUGUUUUUACAUUUACAUGGUCAGGGUGGAGUGUUUCAAAGAGUUUUGUGAUUUUGCAUCAGUGGAGUACCAGCAGCUUCUGGGCUAUAGCAAGGUUGGCAUUGAUGCCAGCUGUUGA